GGGGCACGAAUUAACGACAAGAGAGAUAGUCGGGAUAGAGCCAUUAGCACUGUAGCAGCCGACGCAACAGCUGAUGAAGUGAUGGUGUUGUACAGUGUGUAGGACAAGGAGUCUGGGCACUUCAUCCCUUUGCUUUUAACAUUAUUAUAAUUCUAUUAGCUCCCUGGAUUAAUUGUAAUGUUAGAACACGUAGUUGGAAGGCGAGAGUGAAUUUUACGAUUUCUCAGUGUUACGAAGUAUGAAGUGAACUUGUACUGGUCGCUGGCAACUAUCUCAACUUUAGUAAUGGGCUUGAGUGUUGUGGAACAGGACCACAGCAGCGGUCUGCCACCUUCGUUGGGAGCUGUUCUACCAAAACAGUCAGCUGACAAACCAGCUUUUACGAUGCCAGAUCCAGCGAGUACCUCCCAAGCCCUGGCUAGGGUCACUCCUCUUGCUGAUGAUGGUAGGGAGUUUGUGUGUGGUUGGGGAGCAGCAUUCAUCAACAUAACGGUCACAUUUCCAAUGAACAAACUCAUGUUUCGGCAGAUGCUUCAUGGAAUAUCAACGGCCAGUGCAGUGAAGCAACUCAAGCGAGAAGGUUUAAAGAAUUUGUAUCGAGGAAUUCUCCCACCUCUGUGUCAGAAGACCAUCUCAACAUCUAUCAUGUUUGGGAUGUUCGACCAGUAUGGAAAGCUGUUGAAAUAUUACCAACCUCAGUUGUCAGAUGGAGCAACUUUAGCUCUGGCUGCCACAUUAGCUGGAUGCACUGAAGCUAUCCUCUGUCCAUUUGAACGUAUCCAAACCUUGCUGCAAGAUAAGAAAUUCCAUGGCAAGUACAAAAACAGCAUACACACAACACGUGAGAUGUGGAAAUUUGGUGUAAAAGAGUACUAUCGUGGCAUGGUCUCCAUCCUUCUGCGUAAUGGACCAAGCAACAUUCUCUUCUUUGGUCUGAGGACAGAGGUCAAGACCAGACUACCUGAUCCUGGCAGAUCCUGGUGGGGUCAUAUCCUGAGUGACUUUGUUUCUGGGGCCUUCCUAGGGGCAUUCAUCUCCACAGUCAUGUACCCUAUUAAUGUUAUCAAGGCUCACCAACAGACUCAGGUUGGAGGACCAUUCCAAACUAUGCGUCAGACAUUCUGGGAUGUUUAUCAAGCUCGAGGAAGGCAAUUUAUUCGACUCUUUAGUGGUGCCCAUGUAAAUUAUACCCGAGCCCUUGUGUCCUGGGGUAUUAUAAAUGCCUCCUAUGAAAUCCUGCUUAAACUGCUGUACAGCUAACGGUAGGACAAGCCCUCUAGUAAAACAUGUUCUAGUGUUACCAAUCUCAAAAUAUGUCUGAUGUAAUUGAAUUUUUGGUUAUAUUUAAAUAGAUUUUAUUGAAGAACUGAUUCUAUUGAAGUGAGUGAAAGGGUGUGUAUAUUGACAUAUUUCUGGUGAUUCUGUGAGUCUGUUAGCAUCACAGUGUAGUUUAUUUUGCCACAUACUAUUGUACACUAGUCAUUAUCAACAUCAUAGUGUACUGUAGUGUAUUCUGCCACAUACUACACUACCAGAGGAUUAAAAAUUUAAGAUGUAAUAAUUUGA